AUGUACAUUCCAGACCACUCCAAGCUUGCUCCGGUUAAUUCUCUUAUUAAAAGGUUUGAAGCAAAUCCAGACGAGACCCCCGGACAAGCUCAACCUCAAGCUCGUUCUCGUAGUCCAAUUGGAAGAAUAUCACAUGGUUUUGGAAAUGUGUCAAAAACAGACGAAAAGGAUGAACAAGAGAAAAGCGCUACCUCUUUAACUUCCAUUAGUCCGGAAGGACGCACUGAGGUGAAGCAAGAUGAAAAUGCCAAUAAUAAAAAUGAGGAGGAAGCCAAUUUCGUUAAAGAGGUUGAAAAGGAAAAGGAGCAAGUUAUUGUAACUUCUGCUAUUGAUGAAAAUACUGAAGUGCAUACAGAAGCAACUAACGAAACGGUAGAACAAAAAAAUGUAGAAGUUCAUACUGAAGAAAAUAAAGAACCUAAUGCUACAAACUUAGUUGUCCAUGAUGAGACUAAGGCACCCAAAAAGAUUAUUAAGAAGCCUUCUUCUUCAUCAGUUAAUCCUUCUCCAACCGUAAAGAAAGGUGCGCCUUCUAAGAUUUCCACUCUUCCCAAGGGGAAGAAACCCACCGAAAAACCCAAAACAACAAGCGGAACGUCAACUGCUAGUAGCAAGACUACUGCCAAUCCGCAUACCUCUGCUCCAUCAACAAUAAAAAAAACAAAUAAGCCAGCAGCAAAACCUACAACAACGGCACAUUCCAAAACUACCACCACUGAAAAAACAAAACCACUUGCUAAAACCGCAGAGAGUUCAUCACGCACCACUACCAAACCUUCCACAAAAACUUCUAGCACUACUAAAACUUCAGCUUCGACAGCCGAGAAAAAACAGCCUUCUAAGAUUGCUUCUAAACCAGCUGGUACCGCUAGUGCAAAAACAGUAGCACCUAAUGCUAAAGGUCUACCUAAUAAAGGUGCUAAAAAUCUUGUAAAGAAAACCGCAAAACCAGGUGAAUCUAAGAAAGUAGAAGCAACAAAGAAGAAAGGGUCUGGUUCUGAUACCGAUAAGGUGAAUGUCCAAAAGGUAGAAUCUCACGCAGAAGAAGCUGAAGUAAAGUCUGAAGGGUCAAAGGAAAGUAUUGAGGAUGAGCAUCACCGUGUUGAAAUUCAGAGCGAGCAUUCCGAAUCUCCCGAAUCUCAUGUUGAAGUUUCAGAAGAUAAAUCUCAUGUUGAAGAUUCAGAAGAAAAGUCUCCUGUUAAAGUUGCUGAAGAAUCCCAUGAAAUUCAUGUAGAGUCCCGCGAAAUUCAUGACGAAUCUGUUGAAUCUGAACAAAAUUCCUAUGGAAAAGAAACAGUGACUUCUAAUGUUCAUGUUGAAGAAACUUCCACUUUAGAAACAGAAGAAACAAGCGAAAAGCAAUCCAGUGAAACCGAAAUUGCCACUGUUACUGAAUCUCAUUCAGAUGUCACAAGCGAUGAAAUUCAAAAAUCCGAGUUGGCUCAAGAAUCCCCACAAACAAAACAUAUAGGUUCUGAUGCCGUUGAAAUUACACCUGUCGAAACAGUGGAAAUCGAAAAGGAACCUUAG